UGUUACAAAACUCCAAGCCUUGCACUUAAAAUUGGACACUCACUGUUGAAAGUGAGUGACAUCAUUCAUUGUCAUGCUCUUAUGGCUGGAGAUGACAACUUGAUUAAAUCCUCAAAAGCUUUUCAGAAGCUAUAUACUGCAAAGUGGUCGGAGUACAUAUCCCACUGUGCCUUAAGCACCAUUAGUGACUUGAAAUAUAACAAAGCAGCCAAAUUACCGCUCACUGAUGAUGUGACAAAAUUUAACAAGCAUCUUGACAAAACUGCUGAAUCAGCAACUGCUGCAUUGACGAAGGACACAACAGUGCAGAACUACUCCAGCCUUGCAAAAGCUGCAUUGACCAAGAUUGUCCUCUUCAAUAGAAGACGUGUUGGGGAGGUUUCAAAGAUAAAACUGAGGAAUUUUCUGGAAAGAAACAAAGAAACGAACACCCUUGAUGAACUGGGGCUGUCAGAGUCUGAAAAGAAACUCUGCAACUAUUUUGAGCGUGUUGAACUGAAAGGAAAAAGGGACAGAAAGGUAGCAGUGCUGCUGACACCUGAGAUGGUAAAUGCACUCAACCUUUUGAUUGAGAAGAGGAAGGAAUGUGGUGUCCCAGACCAAAAUGAAUACUUGUUUGCUGUACCAAAUUGUCUGACUUACUACAGAGGACAUCAGUGUCUCAGACAGCUCGCAGAUGAGUGUGGUGCCAAGAGGCCAGAGUAUCUACGAUCAACUCAACUGCGCAAAGACAUAGCGACCACAUCACAAAUCCUGAACUUGAAGAGCAACGAACUAGAUCAGCUUGCUGAUUUCAUGGGGCACGAUAUAUCAGUACAUAGACAGUUCUACCGCCUGUCAGACCCUACCAUACAAAGUGCAAAAAUCUCCAAGUUGCUCCUUGCACUGGAAAGGGGAAAGAUGCAUGAACUCAAAGGAAAAUCUCUUGACGAAAUUGAAGAUGUCACAGAUGAUGAUGAAGAUGAGAGUGAGGAGGAACAAACCAUUGAUAAAGAAGCAGAGGUGGAUUGUCCUCGUGAACCGAACGACAUGGACACUCCUGACACAGACGGACUCCUUCCUGUACAUAAUGUACGCAAAGGCACAACACGAAGACCAUGGACCAAAGCAGAGGAAAAUGCUGUGCUGAGACAUUUCAAGUCUCACAUAGUUAAAGGCCAUUUGGCAUCAAUGAAGGAGUGUUUGGUUUGCAAAGAAUGUGAACAGCCAGCACUGAAAAAUAGAACAUGCCAAAACAUUAGAGACUUUGUGAGAAACAAGGGGCUGACUUUUAAGCGCCAAAACUGUCAUCCACACUGAAGAACAAUGAAGAAGCAAUCUGUGCAGCUAAUAAGCAAUAAAUAGUUAUCAAUUCAUGAUCGUUAUA